AUUUUAUCCGUUGCUACGGACGCAGCGAGCGAACAACAUGCUGCAACAGACGACCGACAAAACCCACGCAAUGGAAAAUAAUACAGAAAGUAGGAUUCAGGCGAUUCUGUCUCUGAAGAAAAACAUUGAAGCCGGCAAGCAAAAAGCAACUCAUUUACUGAAGCCACUUAGUAAAGCAAUUCCAGAGUGUACAGAUAGUCCAGAAUUGGUUCUACAGAAAAAGCUGCAUGACCUGGAAAAGGAAAAACGUAUAUUUGAAAAGGAUCAGAAACGAAAGCAGCAAUACGUAUCUGCAAAGAUACUAGAAGAAGAAAAGGAGAUACAACGAAGGCAGAAACAACAACCCUACCUCUGGAGUGCAUCACAAAAUAAACCGAACUUGAACAAAUUGAAACCACUGAAGUUGAAACAAAGGCAACUACAAAAACUGAACAGGCUCAGCAAGGACUAUGAUGCUGCUGCUGAUGAUGCUGAUAAAUUUCAAGCCUGCUGGUCUUCUAAGGGUUUUAGUUCCUCAAGUGGUGAAGAGGAUGAGGAGGAUCCACUUCUGUCUGUGGAUAUACCAGGUCUGAAACGACACAUUGCAGAUGCAGAACCCACUUCUUUUCUUACUGAUGCUACUGGCGAUGAUGUAGAAGGCAAUUUGUUUCAACUCCCAUCCAAGAUGUUGAUGUCAGUCCAGCCUGUCGUGCCAGACCUUUGUGGAUCAAACCAGCCAGAAGCUGGUGUUGCUUCAACGAGAAUGCAAGCUCCUCCUGCAGGGAAGCUUAUACUGGAUGCCAGGUUGGAAUUGGCAGGCAAAGAACGAGCAUUUGCCUGUAAACCUUCCACUCUCUAUUUCAAAGAUUUUGAAAUUGGAAAAAGCUAUAAAAAGAAAGCUAUACUCACCAAUGUAUCCCAAAGCAGUGACUUCAUCAAGUUUUCUAACGUUAGUGAGAACUUGCAGGAAUUCCUUGAAAUAAGGUUCCCUGCCCCUGGACAAAUGUCUGCAGGUCUGCAUUGUGAGCUGACAGUGGUCUACACGCCUCUAGUGAACGCAGAUGUCGAUGGACAGAUAAAUAUGGCAUGCAAAAGGGGACUGUUUUCUAUUCCUGUCGUAUGCCAUAUAAAGAAAGCAAAGGCCAGUGUUGCUAGUGCAACACUUGACUUUGGAGAGACUGUGGUAGGAGAAGCCCUAACCAAGUGCUUGGAAAUCUCAAACACAGGAGCACUGCAAACUUCUUACACAGUCAAGCCCUUCAUUGUCACGGAGCUCGAAGCUGCAUCAACCAAAGAGAGCGCUACUGAUUUUGAUGGUGCCAAGAGACCGGACAAUGGCGAAGUCACUACACCAGACCAGUGCUCAGUCACCAUGAUUCGGACUGGCAGUGCAACAGAUGGCAGCACUGUUGGGUCAGAAGGGAACCAGUGCCAUCCUGAAACCAUUCAAAGUAGCACAAAUGCUGGCGGCGAAAAGCAACAGGCAGAGACAUCUGGUGAGGUUGAAAGCAAGCAGGCGUUGGUCACGUGUCUACAAGAAGAACCCCAUGCAGAGACACCUGGUGAGAACGAGGGGCAACAUGAACCGACGAUGGGACACGACGAUCCUGUUGUGUUCACGAUGGUUAAGGAGAAUGGAAUUGUUGGAGCAAGAUCCUCGGUUAGUGUACCCGUAACCUUCACCCCUCCGCAUGCAGGCAGGUUCAGCGUGCAGUAUCGCAUCGACUAUUCGGACAACGACUGUGCCCAGGUGACUGUAGCUAGCAACUGUGUACCAGUGGGUUUUCAGGGCAGCGGUGUAGAUAUUCCAGUCUCUGUGCACCCAAAGGUAUGUUUUGACAUGAACGAUCUGUGGUUCGUGGACGAGGUCGCGUGCACCAGGACAGAAACACAGCAACAAAAGGUACAGUUUGAUGUUCCACGGCAACUAAGAUCAAUGGAGGUACUGCCCGAAGAAUGAUUUGUGCAGGCGAAAUCUCAGCUGACUGCACUGAUCAGGUUUCUGCCAAGAGGUGGGAUUCUGCACAGCAGCAUGCCGUACUUUGAUGGUGACACAGGAGUUCUGCAAGCACCUGUCAAUAUCAGGGUUGGCAACCACACAAAACCUCUGGAUUGCUACAUCUAUGCCAUAGUCACUAGCUCUGAUCUGACAUUCAGCGAUUCCAGCAUAGAUUUUGGGCACUGUACUGUGUAUGAAACAGUCAUCAAAUGUAUUCAGGUAAAGAAUCCGUCGCUCGUGAGGCAAGAGCUGGGGUUUGUAAAGCUGCCAGCAUGCAUCGACGUGCAGCCUGGCGAUGGCUUCAUCUCCCUGCUGCCGCAGCAGACCGCCACACUGCAGUUGCUCUUCAGUCCAACGAGCGCCAAAAUGCACCACUUCCACAUCGUCUGCAAGACUACCUUCUCAAGAUGCUUCAAGAUUGAGUGUAGUGGUAUUGGUGUAGAGCCGCCACUGCGCCUCUCUCAUCAGGUGGUUGCCUUUGCACCUACCUGCCUGUAUAACACCACGACUACCACUCUACACAUAUCGUACCCACACCGCAAACACGCUUGCACUUCAAAACCUGAUCAAGGUGAUGCGCCGGCAGCCACCGGCGAGCGCGUGUCCUAUGGCUUUGCGAUGCCGGACGGAUGCCCCGUGUCGGUGCAGCCACGCACAGGAACCCUGGCACCUGGGGAGAGCCAAUGCCUCGCCCUACGCUUCAAGCCAACCCUGCACGACGAAUACAUACGCAAGUGUGCAGCCAGCAUGAUAGACAGCAGGCACGCAGAGGAGCACCUGCUCAGGAAGACACAGCUCUCUCCACAGACCUCCAAGCUUGAGAAGGAACCACAAAAGAAACACAAGAAGGGGAAGGAGUCGGCAGCAAGCAAGCGAGGUUCCGUGAGCCGCCAGCAAUCCAUGGCAAAGGUCCCCAGUCCAGACGAACCACCCUCUCCUGUGGCGCCCUUUAGCAUUGACGAAAACUCUGACGACUAUCGCGCCGCAAAGGAGUUCUUAAUGCGCCUCUUUGAUGGGUCUUUGGUGGACGUGUCCGUACCGUGUUUUCUAGCACGGGGCAGCGUGAUGGAUGCUGCGGGACUGCGACUCAUCGACACUAGCACGUUGUACGUGGAGCUGAGCUGUCCUGCGGUGAGACCGGAUCUUCUGCUGCUCCCACACGCUGGACACGUCGUGGACUUCGGCGCGGUGGCCGUGGGACGCCGCACCGUCCAACGCGCCAUCGUCGAGAACGUGUCUGAGUGCGAACUAACGCCGACCGCGACCCCGCUCGACCUCCACGGGCCCUUCUGGCUGCUGAACGCGCUCCGUCCGUUGCCACCGGCAACCGUCUCUACGCUCGUGAUCGAGUUUGCGCCGAAGUCGGCGCGGAGCUUCCUGGAAGUACUCCACGUUAAGGCCGGCGCAUCGAACAUUGCUGUGACGCUGCGGGGAGAAGCUGUCUUGCCCGUACUGGAACUAGAGAUAGAGGGCACUGGCGCAGCAGAGAUAGAGGGCGCCAAUGUGGUGGAGAUGGGCUGCACCCUCAUCGGUGAUACUGUGACGAAAACGUUUGCGGUCAAGAACGUCUCGUCCAUUCCGGUGCAGUAUAGCAUUGUGCAGGAUAGCAUGGUACAGGACAGUGACUUGCAGGGUGGAGUGGUGCAGCACAGCACAUUGCAGGUUAGCAAGAUACAGCAUAGCGAAGUGCAGGGUAGCGUGGUGCAGCAUAGCAAGGAGGAAACUAGCAUUGAGCAGCACAGUGAAUUGCAGGAUACCAAAGCACAUCAAUGCACAGUGCAGCAUAGCGUAGCUGGAGAAGAAACAGCAGAGCAUCCGACGACUCGCGGCUCCGUGUCGUCGCCGGGGUAUGUGAUGAUGCUGCGCAGCUGUCAGCCUGUGUUCUCCUGCUCCCCAGCAGCCGGCACGCUGCAGCCGGGCGCCGUGGCAACCAUCACCACGACGUUCCACCCUGACCGCGCCUGCAGCGCCGCACUCGACGAUAUUGCGCGCAUUGUGAUGUUCGGAAAACAAGAGGCACAUGUUGUGCGGCUGCACGGGUCGGCCGCCGAACAUGCGAUGUACGUCCGUGGGGGCGCCACUUUUCCAGCGGCGGGCAAAGAUGCGCUGAUGAUCACAGCACCGCUCUCGGACGUCGUUGAAAAGACCAUCCUGCUACACCUCAAGACACGGGCUGGUAGUUGCUUGCCUGUUACCGCCCGGCUGUAUGUCGGCGUUGUACAGCCGACGUCAGGCGUGCAGAAGAAGAAUGGAGAAUUCCAGGUUGACGGUACAGCACCGGCGAGCGAGUGUGGGUUCGUAAUCGAACCCACAAAGGCACAGGUGGAUGCGGGGACAGAGAGGGAGGUGUUGGUUACAUGGAAGCCUUCCAAUGGUGAACAUAUGGAAGAUGAGGGCCAAGUUAUACGGAGCGAGGUUAGCGUGACUCUUAAAGGCGACGUACAAGAACAAUAUAGGUUGCUGCUGCAGGUGGCGUUUACUACGUAAACGCUUCGGAAAAGAAUAGCUUAUUGCUGCAAGUUGUCUAGUUGUGUUUGCCAUUUAUUUGAAAUGCUGAUGUCUGAUGAACGACCAAAUAUAUUUGGGAAGAAAAUUAUCUUAACAAAACGAAUGUGAACGGUGUCCACAAGUUUUUAAACAUCUAAUGUUUUCCACUGAAUAUUAACUGUCAAACAUUUUACCCUUUUCUCACAGCCUUCUUUCAAUUGCCACUUAUUUUUUGUUCCCACUGCAGUGAUAAUGGCUACCAUUUCUUAUAGAAAAGAUUUUGAAUAGAACAUUUUUAUCAUAAUGGCACAAGUACCACUCCUUUAUUUGUCAUAAUUAACCUGAUUGGCAGAGAAUGUUACAUAGAUAGGCUUUUGUGCAAAACUAUUAAACAGUGGAAUGUGGUAUUGCAGUUAUUAACCAAAAGUGAAUGCAGGACAUUAAAACAUUGAAACUAUCAGUAGUGACAAAACCUAACACGUUGAAUGCUCCUUAUUUCACGUGGUGUACUGAGAACUGUAAGUCACAUAAAAAGGUUCUUUUUGUUUUCCACACAA